AUGGUGGAAUACGUCCCUAUCAAUGGAGCUCAGCUGGCAUACAGAUUGAUCGGCCCAGAAGAUGCACCGCUAAUCAUUACUCUUCAUGGUGGUCGAGGGUUCGGAGACCAUCAAUCUGAUUUCAAAGCGUAUUCACCGCUAUCCACGAAAUAUCGAGUACUAUCCUUUGAUUACCGAGGACAUGGCCAAAGCUCACGAACAGAGCCUUAUACAUUUCAUCAGCUUGUUGAGGAUAUCGAGGCAUUGAGAUUCUUCUUUGCUGAUGAUAAGCAAUGUAUCAUUUGUGGUGGUAGCUUUGGCGGAUACCUGGCGCAGCAGUAUGUCAUCACCUACCCUGACAAGGUAUCGCACUUGAUUCUACGAGGAACUGCUCCUUCAUAUCAUCAUGAAGAAAUGGCAAUCCAAACACUAGAACAACGCGCCUCCAGAGCCCCAAGUUUCUCAAUCAAUUUCCUACGAGAAAAGGUCUUCGGUCGAUUCGAGAGUGACCUCGAAUUCCAGCUCGUCAUGUUUGCCGCAGCAUCGCUAUACAGCGAACACUUUGAUGCAGAAGCCGCACUCAAGAACAACCUCUCGACAGUAUUUUACGCCAAGGCACAUAAUGAUCUUUACUCGGAGACGGAAAAGUACUUCGACUACAGGAACCAGCUACACUUGAUAACCGCAGCUACUCUUGUCAUUGUUGGUGAGCGAGAUUGGAUCUGUCCGCCUGAUCAGUCUAAGGAUAUUGCUGCAAGAAUUCCGAAUGCGGACUUGAAUAUCGUUCCCAAUGCUAAUCACUCAGUUCAUUUGGAGAAGAACGAUGAGGUCAUUGGGUUAAUUCAAUCGUAUUUAGAUUAG